AUGAAGAAAUAUGGUGUGAAGCACAGGGUAACUUUAUCUUAUCACCCUCAGUCAAAUGGCCAAGCUGAAAUAUCUAACCAAGAGAUUAAAAGCAUUCUUGAGAAGGUAGUAGGUGCAAUCAGAAAAGAUUGGUCAUUAAAACUGGAUGACUCUCUUUGGGCCUACAGGACAGCGUAUAAAACUCCGAUUAGGAUGUCUCCCUAUCGGUUGGUGUUCGGAAAAGCAUGUCAUUUGCCUGUAGAAUUGAAGCAUGGGGCUUAUUGGGCCAUAAAAAAGCUCAAUCUUGACUUUCAAGCUGCUGGUGCAAAAAGGAUCCUUCAAUUGAAUGAAUUAGAGGAAUUUUGCCUUAAUGCCAUGAAAGUGCAAGGCUCUAUAAGGAAUUGA